AUGGCCCCUAAAGUGGUGAACGAUGGAGUCACCAUCGCUAGAGCUAUUGAGUUACCUGAUGCUAUGGAGAAUGCUGGUGCAGCGCUUAUCCGUGAGGUUGCGAGUAAGACUAAUGAUUCAGCUGGUGAUGGGACAACCACUGCGUCUAUCCUCGCUCGUGAAAUCAUCAAACACGGUUUGUUAAGCGUCACUUCCGGUGCAAAUCCCGUUUCCCUCAAGAGAGGAAUCGAUAAGACCGUUCAAGGUUUGAUCGAAGAGCUUGAGAAGAAAGCUAGACCUGUCAAAGGCCGUAACGACAUCAAAGCCGUGGCUACAAUCUCUGCUGGAAACGACGAGCUUGUGGGAACAAUGAUUGCUGAUGCAAUUGACAAAGUUGGACCUGAUGGUGUUUUGUCAAUUGAAUCUUCAUCCUCUUUCGAAACUACAGUCGAAGUUGAAGAAGGCAUGGAGAUUGAUAGAGGUUACAUUUCACCUCAGUUCGUUACAAACCCUGAGAAGCUACUAGUUGAGUUUGAGAACGCUCGUGUCUUGAUCACUGAUCAGAAGAUCACUGCCAUCAAAGACAUCAUCCCAAUCUUGGAGAAAACCACUCAGCUUCGAGCUCCGUUGCUAAUCAUCGCAGAGGAUGUAACCGGAGAGGCCUUAGCGACUCUUGUCGUGAACAAACUCCGUGGUGUACUCAAUGUUGUCGCCGUUAAAGCUCCAGGAUUUGGAGAAAGAAGAAAAGCCAUGCUUCAAGAUAUCUCAAUCUUGACAGGAGCUGAGUACCAAGCUCUUGACAUGGGGUUGCUUGUCGAAAACACAACCAUUGAGCAGUUAGGUAUUGCAAGGAAAGUCACAAUCAGCAAAGAUUCGACUACGCUUAUCGCUGAUGCAGCUUCCAAGGACGAGCUUCAAGCUCGUAUCGCUCAGCUGAAGAAGGAGCUAUUCGAGACUGACUCAUUUGGUGUUGGUUUUUUGGUUUCUCGGUCAUAG